UUGGACGCGAAUCGGCAGAAGCGGACCCAGCGGCAUUCCCGUGCGCAGAGACUCAUUCGAUUUUGAUAGAGAAAACAUAUAGGGAAUUGUCUCCGGCGAAAGACAGAAAUAUUUUCAUUGUGAAGUGAAGAACAGUGAGCAAGAGAGAGGGGAGUGAAGAGGAGGCCAAACAAGUGCCAGAACGUGCUCGAGUGUCUCCAUUUUUGCGGUUUUCUCUUGUGCACACCCGUUUCCCUUUCAAAUUGGCAUACGCGUACCCUCCUCAGUGCUGACACGCCGCCGGUCGCCAAUUUUUGGUUUUUAUUUUCAUUUCAAUUCGAGAAAAACUUUUAAACUUUUCGGUUUUGCUUAAUGCAGAACAAUAAUACCUAACUGCCGGUUAGAGUUUAACUGGCAGCAAAUAAACUUGAAAUUAAAUCAAUUUCCCCAAGAACGAGCAGAGAGAAAGAGAGACAGAGGAUCCGGAGACUCAGUCAAUUAGCAAUGAGCGAAGUAGCGAAGCAAAUUUGCUGAAUAGGAACGUAGGGAGAUCAACAUAGACGACGACGACGACGGAAAUGGCCGCUUAAGUGCCGCACAUCCGGCGUAGCGCAUCCCCAACCGGAAGACGAGUACCCACCGAGUAGGAUAGGACACACAAGCUCCUCCGACUCUGACCCACCACUCAACCCAUUAGCCAGGCCAAACAAAGCCCACAAGAUGGCCAACCUCAGCUGGCUAGCCACGACCACGACAACGCAGCUGCCACAGUUGACGACUGCCAACUGGAGCCUGACCACGGCCGCGACGAGCAUCAGUCUGGCGGAUGCGGCAUCCGUAGGAGCGGCAGCAGUGGCUGCGGCAUCCGCGGCAUCUGCGGCAGCAGCAGCGGCUGCCGCAGAAGCAGCCCAAAUUGAGGUGGACAAGUCGGGGGGCGUCAUCCACAAUCAGUUUGUGCAGAUUUUCUUCUACAUGCUGUACGCCACCGUCUUUGUCCUGGGAGUGUUUGGGAAUGUCCUGGUCUGCUAUGUGGUGCUGAGGAAUCGGGCGAUGCAAACGGUCACCAACAUAUUCAUCACGAACCUGGCCCUAUCCGACAUCCUUCUGUGCGUCCUGGGCGUGCCCUUUACGCCGCUGUACACGUUCAUGGGCCGCUGGGCCUUCGGGCGGACGCUCUGCCACCUGGUGUCCUUCGCGCAGGGCUGCAGCAUCUACAUAUCCACGCUGACGCUCACUUCCAUAGCCAUCGAUCGGUACUUUGUGAUCAUCUAUCCAUUCCACCCGCGCAUGAAGCUCUCCACCUGCAUCGGGAUCAUUGUGAGCAUCUGGGUGAUUGCACUGCUGGCCACGGUGCCCUAUGGCAUGUACGUGAAGAUGACCAACGAGGUGAUCAACGGCACCCAGAUGGGUGCGAACGAGAGCAGUGUGGAUGCGGCGGCCAUGAUCUUCAACACGAGCUACGAUGGGACAGCCUUCAUUGAGGCGCCCGACGCCACCUCCGCCGCCCAGGCCUACAUGCAGGUGAUGACGUCGGGGGUGAGCACGGAUCUGUCCUACACCCGUAUGGUCUGCGAGGAGAACUGGCCGUCGGAGGAGUAUCGCAAGGUGUUCGGGGCCAUCACCACCACGCUGCAGUUCGUGCUGCCGUUCUUCAUCAUCUCCAUCUGCUACGUGUGGAUCUCGGUGAAGUUGAACCAGCGGGCCAGGGCCAAGCCGGGCUCCAAGUCCUCGAGGAGGGAGGAGGCGGAUCGGGAUCGCAAGAAGAGAACCAACCGCAUGCUCAUCUGCAUGGUGGCUGUGUUCGGUCUCAGCUGGCUGCCCAUCAAUCUGGUAAACAUAUUCGACGACUUUGACGUCAAGUCCAACGAGUGGAGGUUCUACAUACUGUUCUUCUUCGUGGCCCACUCCAUUGCUAUGAGCUCGACCUGCUACAAUCCCUUCCUGUACGCCUGGCUCAACGAGAACUUCCGCAAGGAGUUCAAGCACGUCCUGCCCUGCUUCAAUCCCUCCAACAACAACAUCAUCAACAUCACCCGUGGCUACAAUCGCAGCGACCGCAACACCUGCGGUCCCCGCCUCCAUCAUGGCAACGGCGAGGGCGGGGUUGGGGGCAGUCGAGACGCGGAGGAUCAGGACGACAACGGCAUCACCCAGGAGACCUGCCUGCCCAAGGAGAAGCUCUUGAUCAUACCCCGCGAGCCCACCUAUGGCAAUGGCACAGGCGCAGUGUCGCCCAUUCUAAGCGGACGCAGCAUCAACGCCGCCCUCGUCCAUGGCGGGGAACACCACCAGCAGCAUCUCCAGCAGCCGCAGCAGGUGGAGCUGAUGAGGCGCGUCCGUCGGCGCACUGACGAGGAUGGGGACUACCUGGACUCUGGCGACGAGCAGACGGUGGAAGUGCGCUUCAGCGAGACACCAUUCGUCAGCUCCGACAAUACCACGGGCAUCAGUGUCCUCGAGACGAGCCGGGUGUCGGAUGUGAUGGUCGAGUUGGCUGAAGGAGGAGGAGGCGGAGGCGGAGGCGGAGAAAUCGCUACACGAAUUAACUGAGAUAGG